AGCAGGUGGCAGUAUACAGCACCGUGAGCGGAAAAGCGCGUGAAAGUUUUAAGCAACGAAGAAGAACCUCCGGAACUCAGCCUUCAUUUCACUCCACAUUUCACUCCACAUUCCGCUCCACAUUCCGCUUUAUUCCAUAUAUAAUAAAUUCACUAAGUGCACUAUGUAGGGUAUGCAAUAAUAGCGUAUACACACCUUAUAUAGUGCACUUCACAUCAUAUAGAGAACCAUUUGGAAUUCAAUCUGUGGUUGAGUUACAUUCACUAUACUGCAGUAUUGUAUCAACUCGUUUAUUUUUAUUUUAUUUGUUUAUUUAUUUAUUUAGAAAGAUAGAGGGAGUGUGAGAGAAUUAUAUAUUUAAGAUUCAGCAGAAAAAGUAUAAAUCUCUUGAUAAUAACAUGGAUAUGUCAUCUGAUGAAGCCGACGACUGGUUUAUGGAGUCAUUAACCCUCUAUAAAGACCUGCAUGAAUUUCAGCUCGAGCAUCCAACAAAAACAAUUGAGUGGACUGGAGAAAAAAGUAUAUGUGUUGCAGACUAUUCAUCAGGGAAGAAUGAAAUUUUAGAGCUACUGUUGCCUUUGAAGUUGUAUGCAAUGGGGAAUCAGGGCCUCUGUCCAGAGCGGGACUUUAAAGUGCAGCAUGGCGGAUUCAGUGAUGAGCCAGUUGAGUGCCUGAGACACAUCUUUGGUAAACGAUGUGUGGUGACUAGCGGGCGCCAUAAUUCCAAUCUUCAGGUUUGGGACAUUGGAGAAGAUAAUAGUGAUAUUAUCAAGAGGACAGGAGUUAUAAACUGCAGUCACACAUCAGCCACGGGCAGAAAACUUGCUUCUGGUUUCACCGAGGAUCCGUCUGUUCUUCACGGCUCUACAAUAUGUGACGUUCAGCAGACUGAUGUAGCCUCAGGGAGAAUGCUUUAUGCAGUAGAAACAGACUCAUUGGAUGUAGUGAGUGGUCUGCAGUUUCUGAAUGCCAAUACAUUUGCCAUCUGCGCAACUAAUGGCACUCUGUAUGUUGGAGACUCAAGAGAUCCAAAGAUCAAUCAUUAUGCUCUCUCGGAGAGUACGACUGGCUCACAUUGGGCUUUUGGAUUGAGGACACAGUGUGACCCUGCCAUGUGUACUGUAGCAAGACUUUCCUCCUCUGGUCAGGUAAUCGUGUCUGAUCUCCGAAAUCCGAGCACUCCAAUCAGACAAGCUCGGCUUAAUCUGCAGCAAAAUGAUCCCAGCAAUGAGUUUCUGACGGUCACAUGGGCUCCUGCUCUGGAUAACCAUCUCGCUGUGUCAGGAUUUGAUGGAUCAGUGCACAUCUUUGACACAAGAAGCUGGAGCACCGAUUUACAGAUGCCUCAGCCCAUUUUUGUGCAUCGAGGUCAUGACUUAUGUGAAGAAAAGGCUGAUGCCAGUCUUGUGGUCACUACUCAUGUGUGGCAUCCAUGGCGACCAAGAACCUUGCUAUCUGCCGCUUCAGAUGGAUCUAUACAUGUUUGGGAUUGGGUAGAUAAAGAUAAUGAGAGUAUAGAAAAAUUACAAAAGAUAAUUUGAUCCUUUUUUUUUAUUUAAAGGCAAGUGUUUUUUCAAGUAAUAGUUGAAAUCUGUUUAAUUAAAACAUUUCUGUAAUAAUUUUUUUAUUGCAUAAGAUGAAAAAGAAAUAUGUAUUUAGCAUAUCAUUGGCACUGAUGAAUAACAGUAAAAAAUUAAUUCAAUAAUUAAAAAUCUUGCUGUUUUGCCAAACUUUUUCCUGACAACCAGCAGAAGGAAAUACAGAGGGCCAGUCAAACUGAAGCCUUUAAGAUUCUGAGGCUUGUGGCCAGAGAAGUGUACAAAUGAUAUCAGAUGCAUCAUGGCCUUUGGGUGGAAUGUCCGAUGCUGAGACUAGGAAGGGGACUCUGGACAUUUAUACACUUUGUCAGUUUUCCUAGGCCUCUGUCUGACACAUACUAGCUCCAAUACAACAAAAAAAAGGAUAAAUGAAUUUCACAUUUGUUUUGUUGUUGUUUUUUGCAGUUGACAAUAUAAAUAUAAAGCUGCAGGUUACAAUAUAAACACAGAUGUCCUGUAUUUAAGUAUUAUUAAUGUGGACAUGGCCAGAGUGUAACUAUAGCUAACAUUAGGACAUUUGCAAAGUUUUCCAUCUCAACAAACCCUGUCACCUCUGUCUUGCUCAUUAGGGAUCUAGAUCUACAUUUGAAUUUCUGUAAAGCCUCUUUGUGACCAUAAUUGUUGUUAAAAGCAUUAUACAAAUAGAAUUAAAAUGAACUGUGAUAGGAAUUUAUUCUGAUUUAGGUGUAUACAGUUGUGUGAAAAAAUAAGUACACCCCAUGGAAACUGUUGGCUUUUUUGACACAUUUGGACAAACAAACAUUUGAUCAUAUUUGAAAAGGUGCCUAUUAAUGAAGUUGAUAUACUUAAUAAUAAAACCACAAGGAAAA